AUCAUAUGGCGAAACGUACAGUCGCUGACGUUGUACUUCUCAGUGACAGUGACGACGAAGACAUCGGAGUCGUACGACGAGGAGGAGGAGGAGGAGCGUUUCGGAGGAGAUCGGCGUCACUGAUGGAGAAUCGUCAAGUUCCAAGUACGAUCGCCGAUACGACGGUGACUCGUCGAGAAACCCUAGAAUGCCGGAGCUUCUGGAAAGCCGGAGAUAACUUUGUGAUUCCGAAAGCUGUUACUCCUACAGCUCCAGGUAUGCUUGAGCAUGCUCGUGUUCAUCCCAAGUUCCUUCACUCGAAUGCCACGUCACACAAAUGGGCCUUUGGAGCAAUCGCUGAGCUACUUGAUAAUGCUGUUGAUGAGAUACAGAACGGUGCUACUUAUGUCAAGAUAGAUAAGAUUGACAUUGCUAAAGAUAACUCACCAGCUUUGAUUUUCCAAGAUGAUGGAGCCGGGAUGGAUCCUGAUGGGAUCAGAAAAUGCAUGAGCUUAGGCUACUCAUCGAAGAAGUCUAAUACAACGAUUGGACAGUAUGGAAAUGGUUUCAAGACAAGUACUAUGAGACUCGGAGCUGAUGCCAUCGUUUUCACUCGCUCAACUCGUGGAGGAAAAUCAACCCAGAGCAUCGGCCUUCUGUCUUACACAUUCCUUAGGAGAACUGGUCAGGAUGAUGUGAUUGUUCCUAUGAUAGAUAUUGAUAUAUCCAGUGACCUGCCCCAACCAAUUAUUUAUGGCACUUCCGAAGAUUGGUUUGCCAACCUUGACAUUCUUCUCAAGUGGUCUCCGUUUUCAACAGAGGAUGAACUUUUGCAGCAGUUCGAGGAUAUUGGGACACAUGGAACGAAAGUAAUGAUAUACAACUUGUGGCUUAAUGAUGAAGGAGUAUAUGAACUGAGUUUUGACGACGAAGAUGAGGACAUACGGCUCCGAGAUGAAAAUGCCCUGGUAAGGAAAGGGGUUGUCGCUGUGACAUUAGAACUAAGAUCCCAUAUCUCAUACCGUUUCCGACAUUCUCUAAAGGCUUACAUAUCCAUGUUGUAUCUCAAAAAGUUCAAAAACUUCAAAAUUAUUCUUCGGGGAAUCCCUGUGGAGCAAUUCAACAUUGCUGAUGAACUCAGAUAUCCUGAGACUAUAAUGUACAAACCCCAUGCAGCUGCAGUGGAAUAUGCUGUCACUGAAAUUAAAGUUGGAUUCGUCAAGGAGGCACCUAAACUUCCAGUAUGUGGUUUCAAUGUCUAUCACAAAAACCGUCUCAUCAUGCCUUUCUGGAGGGUCACUCUGAGCGGUUCGACUAGCGGAAACGGUGUUGUCGGAGUUCUUGAAGCAAACUUCAUAGAACCCGCUCACGAUAAGCAAGAUUUUGAGAGGUCUUCUCUGUUCCAGCGGCUGGAGGCGAGGUUGAAAAAGAUUACACUAGAUUACUGGAAAUGCUGCAGCGAGGCUGUUGGAUACCAUCCUGACUCCCGUGCACACAAGUCGAAGAGGAAAGCAACACCUGAUCAACCGCCUGGUGACGAUACAUUCAACCCUCCACCUUUGCCUUCUGAUAAAAUUAGUCAAGGUGGUCCGAAAAUCCGUGAAAUCAGUCUUAGUAAAGGCACUUCUAGCCGUGAACAUAAGUCGAAGAGGACAAAAACACCUGAUCAACCGCCUGGUGACGAUACAUUCAAUCCUCCACCUUUGCCUUCUGAUAAAAUUAGUCAAGGUGGUCUGAUAAUACGUGAAAUCAGCCUUAGUAAAGGCACUUCUAGCCGUACAGUUGCUCUUCCACCGCCACAUAUGAGAAAUUUCACGGGUGUAAGAAGUAACUUCCAACCUGUGCAGCCCAAUCCUCAACCAGUGCAGCUCAAUCUUCAACCUGUGCAGCUUAAUCCUCAACCAGUGCAGCUCAAUCCUCAACCUGCAGCUACUGAAUCUGGAGACAACCUUGGUGGCGAGACAGCGUAUAAGCUAAGCGAAGAGAACAUACAACUGUUCAUGGAGUGCGAGGAAUAUGCAAAGAAAGAGACUGAAAUGGAGCAGACGGUAAGGAAUUUAGAAAAGGAACUGGAAGAAGCCAAAAGUAAAUGUGCACUACUUGCUCUGCUUGUCAAUGCUAAGAAGAUGGAGCUCCAACAAGUUUAGAUAAAACGUUAAGACUCGAAGAACCCAAACUUUGAUCUAGAUCUUUUGGUAUAAUUGUAUGUUAAUAUGUUGUGCAACCUCCCAGCAACGAUAACACUGAUAUGUACAUAGUUGGGGUAUGGGCUUUUAACGUAUUUACGCUUUAUGGCC